CAGGCCUUGUUUGAUAACAUUGAAGAAACGCAACACGGAGACGAGGGCGGCGGUUUUCAUUCAGUUAUAUGUUCGCCACUCCUCAACAAGCCGGCAGAAGAUCGAAGCAUAUUUAAUCGCUUUAAGUACUCAAGUGUUUGGACAGCACAUUCCUCUACACCUCCAUCCAGAGCUUCCCCGCUGUUUGUGCUGUCAGGGUGAUGUCAGCAGCCUGUCUCGUGCGCCUGGCAAGGUGCAGUGGUCCUCAUGUGGGCCGCGUUGGCCUUUUGCAGACAGCCCUAGUCCCAUCCUCACUCCAGCACGACAGCCACCUGCAGUUCACAGUCUUCCACAGAAAACUUUACAGCCCUUCAGGAAGACGGCACAGCAACACACGCUUUGAUGCUGACAGCAGUGGCCGUCCCACCACUUGGGAUUCAUUUGGCAUCUGGGACAAUCGUAUUGAUGAGCCCAUCUUGCUGCCCCCCAGCAUUCGUUAUGGCAAACCCAUUCCCAAAGUUAGCCUGUCGAGGGUGGGCUGUGCCUCGCUCAUUGGUCAACGCAAAGAGAAUGAAGAUCGCUACCAGGUCUCCCAAAUGACCGACAACAUCCUCUACUUUGCUGUGUUUGAUGGGCAUGGCGGACCAGAGGCGGCUGACUUUUGUGAAAAAUACAUGGAGAAGUUCAUUAAGGACUUUGUGGCAGCAGAGGACAAUCUGGAAUUAGUUUUAGCAAAGGCCUUCCUUGAAGUAGACAAAGCUCUUGCGAAGCACUUACACUUCUCUCCAAGCGUAGCCGGGAUGAACGCAGGAACCACUGCCACUGUGGCCCUGCUGAGGGACGGCAUCGAGCUGGUGGUUGCCAGUGUGGGUGACAGUCGUGCCAUGUUGUGCCGCAGAGGCAAGGCCCUUAAACUCACUGUUGACCACACUCCUGAAAGGAAGGACGAGAAAGAGAGGAUAAAGAAGAGUGGGGGUUUUAUCACCUGGAAUAGUCUGGGACAGCCGAACGUCAACGGCAGGUUGGCAAUGACGCGCAGCAUUGGAGACUUUGACCUGAAGAACAUGGGAGUUAUUGCUGAGCCUGAGACCAAAAGACUAUCGUUGCACCAUGUCCACGAUGCGUUUCUGGCGCUGACCACAGAUGGCGUUAACUUCAUUAUGAACAGCCAGGAAAUCUGCAACGUCAUCAACCAGUGCCACGACCCCAAAGAGGCAGCUCAGAGAAUAUCUGACCAGGCUCUGCAGUACGGUUCAGAGGACAACAGCACAAUCAUCGUGGUGCCGUUCGGUGCUUGGGGAAAACACAAGAGUUCGGACGCAAGCUUCUCUUUCAGCAGGAGUAUGGUGUCCAGUGGUCGCUGGGCAUAGUCGGCAGGACGGUGGAUUUAAAGGUGUGGUCUAUGGACCACGUUAAUGUGUGCAAUACAAUAGGUACCCUUGAAGAAACUAUAUAAAGAGUGUGGUUUGCCCCAACAAUGAUGCCUGAUGGCUACAAUGUGUUAUUUAGCAGGACAUUGUGUUUAUUAGUACUUGAAUUCAUGAUGUGCACUAAAUAACAACAAACUCCCUCUUUAUUCAAGGUUUUAUCUACUAGCAAGCCAAUGACCUUAAAGUGGGCAAAGCUGAGGAGUGUGUGAAUGGCAGACAGGAAUUCAUGAUGACAAACAUGUAGCCUGCUCUACAGUAGCUAGAAUUCCUGACUGUCUGCCAUUCAAAUACUUUUUUUUUUGUCUGUUUACCUGUUCAUGCCCAAAUUUGCACUUUAAAUUUCAAGGAUAACUUCAGUUGGAUAACUUGCAUGUCUGGAGUUCACCAUUUUAAACAGAUGCAGAUUUUAGUUUUUGAUUUUGCACCAUUUCUCAACAUUAAUGAUUGGAUUAAAGAGAGUGGGGAAAAUACAAUUGAACCGCAGUCAUGUGUCGGUUAAUUUGAAUUAAGUCUUUGUACAUAGAACCUCUCGAUUUCUUAAACAACCCAGAUAUGAAUAUUGUGAAUAAAUUAAGUCACUGAGUGGGUCUUAAUGAUUGUGUGUCGGUUCUGGAGUGUCAAAGUAUCUAAAUUAGACCAUAUGUGAUUUUUCUGAAAAGAUGUCCUCUCCUAAACUAAUCUCCCAAACAAGCAACAUCAACACUUGAUAUUUUCUGUGUUUUUAAAACACUCACUAAGGCACUGCUGACAAGCAUUGAUGGCGAUUUGCAUGACCUUGAACAGCAUUUAUUGGUUGAACUUGACAUGUACAAAAAAAAGAUAUUCACGUUUCGUGCAACGUCAGCAUUGCUCAAGUUUGAAUAAGUGUUCAUAUCUGUACUGAUUUUAAACCGGUCUUGUUGGGGCACGAGGAAGUGCUCAGUGUACAGGAAUGUAUAGUGUAUGUUUUGUAAAUAAUUCUAUUUAUGUACAUCUGUAAAACUGAUAGUUCUCUGUUACAUUUUCUCAAUAUCUCAGCUAAACCAGUUUCACACGUGCAGAACCUUGGCGUGCUCACUUUGAUUGUAACUUCUUUCUAAUCAGUAAUCCCACCAUUUAGGUGUCAGACAGAGCAAAGCACACUAAAUGCAACACUAAAGAAUUGUUCAGCUAAGAGCCAUGGAUGACAGUGUGAAUGUUUGCUUUAAUGCCCUCCGUGACUAAAUAAUACAAUCGAACCCUAUAGGGUAGAGGAGUAAUUAUGCUGUAGAUGUUGACAUGGCUGAUUCAAUGUGAGCGGAUGCAUUUUCCAAAGUGAGGCAGACGUAAACCUUUUAGGUGGACUAACGUUUUUGUUCACUCUUGGUAUGAUCCUAUCUUUGUUUUUUAAGCACAACAGAUCCAGCGCUUCCUAUUUAUCAGCUUGAUUUUACUGUAUCUGUGAGAGUUGCAAAUGUUGUGUAGCUACCAGCUUUUCUUCACACAUCAUUUAUAAGUAUUGUGUAAAUAGUAUUUUUCUCCCUCAUUUAUGUGUUGAAUGAAACCUUGAUUUACCCUGAAGACUUUGUCUAUGCUUAAUACGUCCUCAUCCGUUAAAGUUAAGUUUGUCUGUGUGUUCACUCAGUAUUUUACUGUAUUUUAUGUCACCGCCUUUCAAUUGUAACCUCUUGCUCUGUGGAUCUGUACCUGGGACCUAAAUGUGACCGUUUCAGCAACACUGUUAGUACUGUAUUACUGGUCUAAAUGGCUUGUGACACUUCAAUUAAAGAUUAUACAUUAAAA